CAAUCAUGAUCUUUGUGGACGGACUCCCUUUUGCUUCCGAUUCAUCUUCGGAGCCUCAGCAGCAGGGAUGGGACACCCUCCAAGCUUUGUUGGAUCACCCGUCCUUGGAAUCUGCCUCCAAUGCACUCAAGGCCAUCCCAGAAAAAAAGUUCUCGGUGUCUCAAGAUUCUGUUCCAGAGAGUAGAUGGGUUUAUCUCUUCCAAAGAGAAUAUGCUACUGUCGAUCCUGCAUUUGUCAAUACAGAUUUUCCCUUCACUGACAUAAAAAAUGUUUCUUCUCAAUCUUCCGCAAAGUUUGUUGGCACUGAUGAAGCAACAACCUGUAUGGGUCUUGCCAUCCGUAACCCAGAAAAUGGAAUGACCUCGGUUGCCCAUCUGGACUCUCCAAAAGUUGUGGAUAUGGGUCUCUCCCAGAUGAUGUCACUGCUUGUUCAAGACAAUAUGGACGUGGAGUUAGAUGUGCAUCUAGUGGGUGGUUUCGAAGAUGUUUCACCUAAUCAUGGUAACUGUAAUACUAGAUCAGAAAAUCAGGCAAAGUUGGAUGGUUAUUCCUUUCCUUUAGGUGCCAAAAUUAUUGAAACAUUAUUGAAGAGACCGGAGAGAUUUCACAUUCGAACUCUAUGCAUUCUUCGGCAUAACACUAGGAGGGAUCCUGAGGGAAAUGCAUACCCAAUUUUCCACGGGUUCAUGAUAAGCACUUCCACUGGAUCUAUUAUUCCUGCCAGCUUUGACGAAACCUCAAGAUGUCCUGAUGAAAUUGUCAGGAGAAUUCGAGUUUCUGCAUCUUAUGAGGACUCCAGAUGGAAAGGAAGGUUAUUGGAAACAUAUGAAACUCAAACUGAUCUUUUCAAAAUAGCUCCAUGCUGCUGGACCUUUCGUCAGUUGCAUAUUGCAUCAUCUUUAAAAAAAUAUUCAGAUUCGGAAAUCCUUCUUAUGUGUUCUACUUCACCCUCUGCUGAGGCACCAGAUUUUGUGAAAAAUCUGAGAAGGGGGUGGGACUACUUGCUUGAGUACCCAGAUUGGAGAGAAACUUUUCCUAUGAAGCAGCCACGCGUAUUUGAGAGGACUGCUGAGGGAGGCUGGAAAAGCCAAAAGAUGGAGAUACAUUGAAGCUUGUAGUUGUUGCUCAACAUGAGUUUCAGCUGCUCAAUUAUGUUCUGUUCCUCGUUUGGGUCUAUAUCGACACAAAAAUAAAUUUAUUUUACUCGUUACUGGAAAGCAAGACCAUCUUUAAUUGCAAAACUGGAAUUAUGAAACUGAUUCAUCAGCCAUUUACUAAUCCAAGUAAAUAGGAGUUGGUCAUGGCGAGAGAAGGAAUUACCCUUGGUGUGAGAGGCAGUGCUCUACUUUUAUUGUAUAAUCUGAUAUUGUUUAUGCAAGAAUUGUCCCAGAAACAGAGAAAAGUGUCCCUUUUCUUUUUAUAGCGUAAAUGUUACAGCUGACUCGGUAAGCUAGUUUC